AUGCGCCUGCGCAUAAAGAGGAGCAUGGUAAUCACAGGAAAGAUCAACUCCUUCCGUGUCUACACUUUCCUGUGCUCGCAAUUCCAGACUGCCGAUCCAUCUUUGUCACCUGCAUUGAAGAUUGCCUGAACACACGAGCAAUAAACUACGCUACACUGUGUCGUCACCUGAGCCAGAUACCUGGUGGCGACAUAACAUGCCGCGAGGUACAGAGUUGGCAACAAAUAAGAACUAUCUAAGAGCUAUGAAGGAGAUACCAUGUUGUGACAUGACAUGGCAAGAUUUUAAUGCCACAACCGGAGUCACUAUGCAGUACAAUUUUCUGUUAUUUCCCUUGCAUUUCACAGACACAGUGUUGUUUUUCUUGUUGUCGGUGUCUCAGAUUAACGUUAACCCUUUUCAAAGAAAUUAUUACCUGAACUUCGUUAGCAUUACUUCAUUUUUCUCGCAAUCACAAGCUACUGCCUCCCACAAAAUCUCCUCACCAGUUAAUUGUGCCUACAUCUGUUGAGGAGUGCGCUGGUGGAAAUGACUGCCCGAUGAAGACGACCAAGAAGCGGGCAAAGAAGCAGAGGUCACCGGAUGAUGACCAUUGCUUUUGUUCCUGUCAAGCAGUGCCAGAAGUGAUUCAACGACUGCAGGACUACCAUUAUGUGCAAAUCUUGCCCAAUAUUUCAUAUAACAAUACCCUCUUACUCUUUCUUGGCGUGUCUACCGCCGCGACGCUUCAUCAAGUACACUCCGUCUGAAUACGGAUGCUACUUACUCAGGAUAAAGUGAGAAGGAGUUGCAUCACAAUCGCCUCGUUUUUAACAUCACGCUGUGAACACUGGCAAAAAGCACAUGAUUAAAUUCGUGGUUGUGUUCCAGAAAAAGAAGAAUAACAGGAUAAGCUUUAAAUAAGCAUCACUAAGCUUGGUCCGAUCAUAAUAACAACAAAUCGCGGCUAUCCUUUGGCUUUCUAACGCAUUACUUGUUUUCCGCAGCAUACCUGGUCUUCCUCUGUGGAAAGCAAGAUCGAGUUUUUUAUCGCCACGUUGCCUCACGAGGCACAGGGGAUGAAAGUGCGCGCUGUGAUGGAAACCCUGAAGACCCCGAAACUACGCGAUAUUCGGAAGCUACUACCGGAAGAAGCGUUAAGCUGGUACUCUGAUGAAAACGAGGGCGCUUGUUCUGCGAUACUGUUUACGCCGUUACCGGACGUGCCUGCGCUUGUUACUCCAAACGGUGCGACUUGGUAUGACAAGGAGGAACUAAUGACGCACUUUAGUCAGGGGAGGUCUCGCAUCGCCUUGAAAGAUCCAACAACAAAUAUGAGUUUGGCGGAGAAGCUGAAGGCUGCGGGGAAGCGGGCAACGGCUGAGCGCGCGAUGAGCGUUCAUUUCCUGGACGUUGAUUCGAUGUUGCAGCGCGUCAUGUGUGCCCCCAAGGAGGAGGAACCAGAGUGGUCCUCUUUCUCUGACGAUAACGACAAGCGCUAUCGACCGGAUCACGAGGAGACGCCAAGUGGAACUCCAUCUGGUCGUGCCAUCAAUGUGAACCGGGAUAUCAAGGAUGAAGCUCGUGCAGUGGUAUCAUCUUUUUAUCUACGGAGGAGGGUCAUUUGCAGCGAUGCCUAUCAAGUGCAUAUCUACGCGCGGGAGCUACUCGACCAAGUAGCGGACGACAAAACGCGUCGUGCAGUUGUUGCUUCUGCUAUCAAGAAAGCUGGCGAAAAUCUGCGUGAGGCUGCGAGUAGGCAGCAAGCCUCGUCUGGGACUGCUCAAAUGGAGAGUAAUUCAUCUGUUGGACAACAUCCUCCACAACGCCCUUUAAGUGCAUCAGCUCAUGCGAUUGGUAUCAAGGAGCUUGAAGCUGCAGCUCUGCGCAUACUUUCGAAUGCAGCGUCCCCUUUGUGCCCUACUCUUUUCUCUUCAUCGGAACGAGUUUCAAAACCAGACGUGGAUCGACAUAUAGAGGGACUUUCCUCGUCUUCUUCUUCUUCGAAAAGCACAAUCUGCAACAGUAAAAAGACAAAUAUAACAAAGAAUAACGGGCAGCGCAUCCGUAGUGCAAAGAAGGAGCUUUUUUUUCACGUUCUGAAACUGCGCCAGAAAGCGAGGAACCUGGCUCGUGCUCGAAAAGAGUUUGGCACGCGUAACGUAAAGCCAAAGCCAAAGUCCCCGAAACUUGUUCCCAAAAAUGCUGGACAUGCACACGGCAACGGCCCACAAGGAUCAUCCGCAAUAUCCGCGUCCGAUACACUUCUUCUUGCUGGUCCAUGUUCGAGCAGCAGCAGCAGCAUUAGUAAUCCAAAAGCGAGUGGUACUGGUGACUAUGAGCUACAGAAGCCCGCUCCUCCCUCUGAAGAUGCACAGAAGCAAGACCGUUCUGCAGAAGACUACAGCGCACAAGCAACAAAAAGGCAACGAAAGGACUUCUAGCGACUUGAAGAAAGACAGCACAGAACCGCAGACGCCAAUGGGUGUUGGUGUAUUUUGGACGGUACCGAUAAAACACUGACACUCCUGUAGUGCUGCAGAGGGUCAGGACGACACGCCACUGUCACUUCUUCAUGUUCAUUAUGAUUAUUUGUUGGAGUGGAAGAUUAUGAUGCUGGUUUGUUUCAGUUUCGGAUUCAGGCGCCGCGUGGCCCCAUCUACUAUCAAUACGAAGCUCCCGUUUUGACCUCAUACGAAGGCGAAUCGAAAAUGAGUGCAGUAGAAGUUUGAAGUCCUUACUUGCCUUGUGUCAGAAAUCUCUGUUUUAGUGGAACAAGAUGGAUUCCCACAUUACUUAUUUGAUUUCCAUCCCCAAUUGAAGUUGAACCACCUCAAGUCUGCUCAAUUUGAUUAGAAAGUAGCGUGUGCUCUGAUUCUGAUGAAAAUACCUUGCUAACGCAAUGUCUACGCAGAGGACAGACUGUCACGAAGUCCGAU